AUGGCCCGGCGGAGCGCGCUCUCCAUCCGCAUCGUGGAGGGCAGGAACCUGCCCGCCAAGGACAUCACGGGGAGCAGCGACCCGUACUGCAUCGUGAAGAUCGACGAUGAGGCCAUCAUCCGGACUGCCACGGUGUGGAAGACGCUGUCCCCGUUCUGGGGGGAGGAGUACGAGGUGCACCUCCAGCCCACCUUUCACAGCGUCUCCAUCUACGUCAUGGAUGAGGAUGCGCUCAGCCGCGAUGACGUUAUUGGGAAGGUCUGCAUCACCCGGGACAUGCUGGCGGAGCACCCCAAGGGCUACAGCGGCUGGGUGAGCCUCAGCGAGGUGGACCCUGACGAGGAGGUGCAGGGGGAGAUCCACCUGCGGGUGGAGGUCCUGGGGAGCCAGGGCAGCCGGCGGCUGCUGUGCUGCACCGUGCUGGAGGCCAGGGAUUUGGCCAGGAAGGACCGGAACGGUGCCUCCGACCCCUUUGUCCGCCUGCGCUACAACGGGAAGGCGCAGGAGAGCACCGUGGUCAAGAAAUCCUGCUACCCCCGCUGGAACGAGACCUUCGAGUUCGAGCUGGCCGAGCCCGCCGGGGAGAAGCUGUGCGUGGAGGUGUGGGACUGGGACCUCGUCGGUAGGAACGACUUCCUGGGCAAGGUGGUGUUCAGCGUGCAGGGGCUGGAGGCAGCCGGGCAGGAGGAGGGCUGGUUCAGGCUGCAGCCAGACAAGUCCAAGCCAAGGGAGGACGAGCACCGAGCCAGCCUGGGCUCGCUGCAGCUGCAGGUGAGGCUGCGGGAUGAGAUGGUGCUGCCCUCCCACUGCUACCAGCCCCUGGUCCAGCUCCUGUGCCAGGAGGUGAAGUCGGGGCGCCAGGACGGCCAAGUGCACCUGGUCACCCUCCUGGAUGAAACCACCACGGCCGAGUGCCGGCAGGAGGUCGCCAUCAACUUGGUUAAACUCUUCCUGGGCCAAGGGCUGGUCAAGGAAUUCCUGGACCUGCUCUUCGAGCUGGAGCUGGCCAAGCCCUGUGAGCCCAACACUUUGUUCCGGAGCAACUCCCUGGCUUCAAAAUCGAUGGAGUCCUUCCUCAAGGUGACGGGGAUGCCGUACCUGCAUGCCGUCCUGGGACCCACCAUCACCCGUGUGUUCGAGGAGAAGAAGUACGUGGAGCUGGACCCCGGCAAGGUGGAGAUCAAAGACGUCGGGUGCUCGGGGCUGCACCGGGUGCAGACGGAGGGCGAGGUGAUCGAGCAGGGCCGCCAGCACCUCCAGUCCUACCUGAGCGAACUGCUGGACGCCAUCGUCAAGUCGGUCCCGGCGUGUCCCCCCAUCAUCCGCGCCACUUUCCGGCAGCUCUUCCGGCGCGUUGGGGAGCGCUUCCCCCAGCACCAGCACGCCAAGUUCGUGGCCGUCACCAGCUUCCUCUGCCUCCGCUUCUUCUCGCCGGCCAUCAUGACCCCCAAGCUCUUCCAUCUGCGGGAGACACAUGCUGACGCACGCACCAGCCGCACGCUGCUGCUCCUGGCCAAGGUGGGACGGGGGGGGAUGUUGGGGAGGGGGGGGAGUGUCACCCAGGUGGGGUUUUUGGGGUGCGGCUGCUUCCCAUUGGGGACGGCUGGGUCCCCUGCCAGUGACGCCGCCAUCCCUGGGGGUCUCCAGGCUGUCCAGAUGGUGGGCAACAUGGAGCCGGCGGCCGGGCGGGCCAAGGAGGCCUGGCUGGCCCCGCUGCUGCCUGCUCUGCAGCAGGGCAUCGCCCAGAUGAAGGACUUCAUCGCCCGGCUGGUGGGGACGGAGGAAGAGGAGGAGGAGGAGGAAGGUGAGGGUCGGCCGCUGGGCCCCCCUGCUGCAGUGGUGAAGGAGGGGCUGCUCUUCGUCCACAAGACACGGGGCAAGGGGCCGCUGCUCGCUGCCGCUGCCAAGAAACUCCACUUCUGCCUCACCGGGGAGGCCCUCAGCUUCGGCAAGAGCCCCGGUGCCGAGCGUAGCGGCACCAUCGCCCUGGCCGACAUCCUCGCUGCCGAGAAGGUGGAGGAGAAGAGCUUCGGGAGCUCCCAUGUCAUGCAGGUGGUCUAUGUGGGUGCGGGCGGGCAGCAGGAGACAGCCUACCUCCAGUGCAAGUGUGUCAACGAGCUGAACCAGUGGCUGUCGGCCCUGCGCAAGGUGUGCGUCAACAACCCCCGCGUGCUCCGUGCCUACCACCCCGGCGUCUUCCGCGGGGACAAGUGGAGCUGCUGUCACCAGAGGGAGAGGACAGGGCUGGGGUGCGACCGGACCCGGCAUGGCGUCACCCUGCAGGACUGGGGUGACCCCCUGGACCCCGCGGUGGAGGCGCAGCGCCUCUUCCAGCACCUCCAGGGCCUCCGAGGGACCCUCAGGGAAAAGUACUGGGAGCUGCUGGAGCCAGAGGAUGCCCAAAAUGGCCCCCGGGGUGAAGGUGCCCCCCUGCCCGAGAGGCUGAGCCGGCUCUUCGGGGUGCUGGGGGACCUGGAGGGCUGCCACCGCCUGGCGCAGCCCCGCCCUCCGACCCCCACCCUGCUGCAGCAGCUGCAGACUUGAGGGGCCCCGUGCCCCCCAGCCCUGGGGGGUCGGGGUCCCCACGCCUCGGGGACCGUGGCGGUGGCAAUAAAGGCACUUUGUACCCUGCA